AUGAAAAAUGUAAAAUACAGAACAUGGUUUAAUGGUGGUGAUAACGAUGAUGAUGAUGAUGAUGAUGAUGAUGGUAACAAUGAAGUUGGUGCUAAUAUUCGUUGGAAUAGUGGAAAUAGCGCCAGCUGCGGAGAGAGUGAUAAUAUUAAUCAUAACGGUACGACGGUUCCCGUGGUGGUACCACUGGCAAUACGUGUGCCGCGAGAAAUCUUCCGUGAUGCUUUACGUGCGAUCAACGUUGAGAAUGGUGCAGUUCUCUAA